GCUCAAUUCAAUUCUAGUCCAAAGCUCAACAAUUGCUCACCUUUUCUAUAUUCGGAAUCACACUCACUCACCGAGUCUCUAGGGUCGUCACUCUCAGUUUUGUGUCCUAAAUCAUUCAAUUUGAGUUAGCCACCUGAAACUGGUCUAUCUUGCUAAAAACAAACAGUCAAGCUAGGGUUACCGAAUAUGGUUGAUUCGCGGACUAAGUUUCUCUCUUUAAGACGUCAGUGACACUACCUUGUAAUGCGCACGACAGACUAUCAGUCGGUUGCCUCCGUGAUAAAACAAUCACUAUUUGUUAACUCUUGGUCAUGCAAAACUGGAGCUACUUGAAUCUCACUCUUUUCGUGUUUCUGCUCUCGUGAUCGUGUAUCUAAAGCGUCUUGGAGUUGACUGUUUAUAGGAGCCAAAAACCCCCAUCGAAUACCCUCCACAGAUUUAUCAAUUCCAUCAAUUUAUCAAAGACAAAUCUUCCUCUAACACAUGGUCGCUAAAAUCAGUUGCCUCUACCAUCCCAUUCAAACCGAUGUUCAUCAGCUAUCCAUGAUUACUUGAGCGACUUUAACGUAACUCUCCAUAUAUUUGAAUGACUAAUAGAUUAUUGAUUAUUAGUCUGUAGGAAGUAGGGUAUAAUGACAAUCAGGCCUACCAAUAAUACAUAUUUUACAAGUUUUAUUAGACUUAUAGUAGAAAAAAUGUUGUGCAUCAUUAGAUAAGUACUGGGCUAAAUAUAGUUGUAUAUCCACAACUAUCAGGUUUGUGACAAAUAUAUCCACAACUAUCGAAAUACAUGAAAUAUCCAUUUCCGUCCACUCUAUUAACUACGUUAAUUAACUUGAUGACUGGACAGACGGUGGAUGCUUAGUUGGUGUAUUUCUAACCCACUUAAUGAUGUGGAUUAAAAGAGGGGAAAACCCCUAAAAACCCACAAAAUUGAAAGUGUUGUUUCGAAACUUUCAAUGAAUCAAGCUCGCCUUUUCUCUUUUGAGCAGGGGGGAAGAAAUUUUUGGAAUCUAUUAUCAAGAUCCGAGUUCGAACCCGACCAGGUGCGAGACGGCGAUACCGUUCCUCCGCGGGAUCGACCUGCGGCCGAUUGCGAGGAGGAGCCUGGAGUUUCUUCUCUGAACAGCACCGUUUCACGUAUCAGCGGGAAGAGGAGUGAGAGGAAUCAACCAGCUACUAUCGGAUCCGUCGGAGAGGAUCUCGACGCCGACAAGGAAGACAGAGAUACUUCCCGGAAGAAGCUCCGGUUGUCCAAAGAUCAGUCUGGUCGGCGCCGGAGCUGGUAGGUGUGAAGCCGAUAUAUGCAGCGGUGGAAGAAAUCCAAGGAGGAGAAGAAUGUUCGGAGAUGGAGAAAGAAGCGGCCAUGGCGGAUUUAGAUUAAGCUGGGAGAGAGUGAAGUGGAGAACGAGGCAGACAUAUUUCAACUUUUUCAUUUUCGUUUUUAUUUAAUUAGCCUAUUUACGCGUAAAGUUUGGUUGCUUUGCUUUUUGACUUAUGUAACAGGCAGGUGAGAUGUCAUCGAUUCAACAUUCCGUUAGUCAAUUUAACGUCGUCUGACACGCCGUUAUAGUUUCAUAUGGAAGUGGAUAGAUUUGUCACACAACCUUCCAAUUUUUGAAGAUUUCAUAUAUUUCGAUAGUUGUGGAUAUAUUUGUCACAAACCUUAUAGUUGUGAAUAUAUACAGUUGUAUUUU